UUAUUAUUAUUAUUAUUCGGUGCAACAUUCUUUCCCUUUUUGGCGAACUCUUUAGCGUCGUCAUCGUCAUCCUAUAGACGUUCAAGGCCGUCACCAAGAGAUGGAGGAUGGAGUUCGUGGAGUUCGUGGUACUAUGCCUCGUGCUCGAGUGGGUACAAAACUGUGCGACGAGACUGCGACAAUCCUUAUCCUGCCAAUGGCGGCAGCUACUGCUACGGAUCAAGCACAAAAUCAAGAGACUGCAAUGAAUGUAACGAUUAUAACGGAGGAUGCGCUCAUAGUUGCAUAAACACUUAUGGCAGUUACAGAUGUACAUGCUAUUCUGGAUAUAGGCGUAAUCCUUACAACUCGAAAAAGUGUGUCUGUAAGUAUUUGCUUUCUUGUUCAACACUGUACUUACGUAAUCAGUAAUAACGCCUGCAGUUGCGAAAAGUAAGCCUCUUCAUUCCGCGGUUCCAAUAUAUGAAAGUCAUAUAUUCAUCAUUUAAAGUGCUAGUGAAGUGAAUAGCAUAGAUGUCCUUUUAGAAUUCAGAAAAGUUUUUCAACCAUAGAAAAUCACUUUUAAAAAAUAAAAACGUAUAAUAAUCAUCAAGGAAUGUUUCAGAUCGGAGCUCAAAGUGUGCUUCCUAAUUAUAUGCGUCAAUUUCGCGAUUUUUCGAGCCUGUUAAGUUCUCAGCGGUGGACAACACUGUCUUGUAACGUCACAUAAUUGUCAACAAAAUAGGAUCAAUAUAUAUGAUUCAUGAUUAAAUUCAUAAGCAAUCUAGAGUCUUCCUAGAAAAAUAAACAAGUGUAUUCCACAAUGGACGGCGUUCAUCUGUGCCGUUUGUUGUUUUCCGCCUUCAUUCGUCUUAGCAAACUUAAGUUGAAUGGCACUCUUCUUGUCUAUAUUUUUUGUUUUGUUUUUAAGCGGACGGCAAUUAAUUUGAAGGGUGCCUCCAUAUGUGCAAAGCGUCACGCUUAGCUCAAACCCGGACAGAAGACAUGGUAGUAAUGAUGUGAUUCUUAUGAUUCUAUAAUGAAACUACAAAAAACAAUGUUUAUCUUCACAGCAAUCACAUGCGCCACAAGCAAUUGGCCGCCUCCUAGCCAAGGAAAGUUAUCACCUCAUUGUAGCAACCAAUCACACGUGAAUUAUGGGACGACUUGCACAGUUACAUGCGAUCGCGGUUAUAAAAUUGAUGGUAGUUCCUCAUCUCGUUGUACAAGUGAUGGCAGCUGGUACCCAAGAAAAUCUCCGAACUGCCGAGGUAAAAAAAAACUCAGUCCUUAGCAAGAUCUUUGGAUUAAUUCCUUAAUUUAAUUUAAACGGAAGUUUGCCAAAAAAAAAGAAAACAAUAUUAAUCUACUAUCUGGCAAUCUUAACCGACUCUAACUGACCAAACAACUAAAAGCAAGUAAAGGAAGAAAGGAGUUGAUAUCUUUAAUAAUAAAAAACUGAGAAAAGUUGUCGACCAGUUUAUGAUUUUAAGGUAUUUAUUUCUCUUGUCCUUUCAGUAAAAGAAUGCAAACCACUUUAUCCACCCAAGAAUGGUGACAUAAUUCCGAGUAUUUGCAAAACAAAGCCUUUACAUGGUCAAAGAUGUUUUUACAAGUGCGGCAAAGGGUACAAAGUGCUUGGACCAUUUUCCACAAUGUGUGACAAUGGAAAUUGGACAGAAGGUGGUUUUACCUGUAGAGGUAAAUAUAGGAUUUGUUGCAUUGCUAGCAAAUGUGCAAUAUAGUUAUUGUUACCUUUAAUUUCAAGUAGAAUAAUUAACACCACUCUAAUUAAAUCAAGGUGAAUGAAGCCCUUAAGACUUAUUCGAUCCCUCUUUUGUCGCGGAUUUGUUAUUUCUAUAUUUUUGUUAUUUCUAUAUAAUAAUUAUAAUAAUUUAAUCCUGGCCAUUUACUUACUUUCUUAUGUGUACUGUGCCAAUGAAUUACAUGCCGGCUAAGUCAGAUUGGUCUAUAUUCAAUGUUAAAACUACUUAAUUUCGCGGCAUGCGCUUAUUUAAGGAUUAAAAACUUCUGAUGGUUAAAUCCAUCCCUGUUUUUAUUCUACAGACGUCGAACCACCUAGAUUCUUAAACUGUCCACCAAGGCAAACCGUCUAUGCCCAGAAAGGUAAAACCACAGUGACAGUGUCCUGGGCACUAGUGAAAGCGACAGACAAUGACAUGUUUCCUAUCACACCGCAACCGCGACCCAAUGUUAAGUCUACUCACGAGUUCGCUGAGGGAAGUCACACUGUAAUAUACACUGCCAUGGACCAGUCACGGAAUAAGGCAUUCUGCUAUUUCAGGGUCAACGUUCGAGGUAAAAAAUGUUGCAAUAUUAUUUCUAGGAAACUAUGUAACAAUGCCAUUUACCACUGAAAAUGUACAUACUUUCCAGUUGAGCCGCUCAGUAAACCACAAUUUUGCAGACACAAACUUUGCUCCCUGGAGCCAAGAAAAGCUAAAAAAUGUCGCAUAAAAAAGUUAAAAACAAACAAACAGAGCGAACAAAAAAUUCUGUGCUUUCUGACGCAAAUUUCACCCAGUUUGUUUUCGCGUAAUCUCUAUUUUCUAUUUUCUGUUUCUAAAAUGAGUAACAUGGCAGUAAUUCACUGAUGAUGCUAAUAACGCCCCUUAAUAAAUAAACCAGGCUACUUUUGGUCCCUUUACUUCAUGAAACAAUCAGUAGCAGUAGGAAAAACAGGGGAAAGAAGUGCUUUGAACAUAGCCUGUGUACAGACGCCCUCGAAACAAAUUCAAGCCGGGAAGGGAACAUUUGUGUACAGGCUACUUUGAACACAAAGGAUAGUAAAGCCUGGUUUUCCUUUAAAAGCCUUGCAUCUAAGGCUUUUUGGUUUAAAAAAAUUCCAUUUGUUAAUAGCGGAGCCCCACGUGCGCGUUCGCUCGCAUAAGCGGAGCCCCAUACCCCAGAAAUAUUGGUAAUCACGUGACUGUACGUCCACCCGACCGUCCGCACCAAGGGCAACCAACGGUAAAUGUCAAACUUUCUAGCUAGUGUGGGAGCCUGCAACCUGACAUUACACAUCUAUGUUGUGGUCAGUUUUUUGAAGUUCUCCGCUGACACGUUACUUGCUUUCGAUUGAUCGCAGGCGUACCUUCAAGUGGAUGUUUUCUUUAUUUACGGGAGCUGAGUCUAAAUAUAAGGAUUCAAGUCGAAAAUAAGUUUUCUUUUUCAGUUCUGCGAUGCCCUGUGUUAACGCCACCUGCAAAUGGAUAUUUUGUGACUGGCAGAUGUGCAAAUGUGUAUGGAGGCCUUUGCCGCUGGCAGUGUAAUAAAGGAUAUAAACAGAAAGGAUCGGGAGUUAAAUACUGUGAAAAGAUUCCUGGCAGAAAUCUAGUUCGCUGGUCCGGAGGUCUUGCUUUGUGUGAGGGUAAGAUAUCGUUACUUUCAGAAAACUUGAGCAACUAAAAUAAUUCAGAAAUGUUUAUUGUGCAUUGAAUAAUCAUAAUUAAUGUCAGAUCACGAAGCAAACCCACCUUUUUGAAAACACAAACUAGUUGAGGUAACCGUUGCUGUUUGCGGUUUGGUUUUCUCACGUAUCAUUAGCUUUUUUCUUGUUAUACUACUACAUGAGAAAUUUCUGCAAUUUGAUUGGCUUAGAACAGUGGUAUUUCAUCUUAAUUUGAAAUACUUACAUGUGAAAAUUACAAACCUUUUCCGGGUAGUAGUAUAAACAAAUAAUAGCAUGAUUUGUACUUGAUAUUUGGCAUAAAUACCACUCGUGAUAUUUCAAAAUUGUCUCAAAUUUCACUCGCCUAACGGCUCGUGAAAUUACGUAUAACAAUUUUGAAAUAUCACUCGUAGUAUUUAUGCCAAAUAUCACUACUAAUCAUGCUAUUACCUAUACAAACACAACAAACACGCCAUAUUUUGGGUGUUUACGGUUCUUAUAUAACUUUAAUUUCACGUUCAAAACAGCCCUUGGAAUCGAUAUUAUAUCUCAAAUAUUGCUACCCUGUGAUAAUACAUUUGUUACUAUCGUUUGGUAAUUUUUUCCUUCCUCCCUCUUUAAUUUUUUUUUUUUUUGGGGGGGGGAGGGGAGGCGCAAGAGGCUGAGUGGUCGGAGCUCAGAUCAGUAGCUGGAUUUGUUUCUCAGCCGUCCCUGAUUCAAGCUAAGUGCACUUGCACUAUAAAGCAAACCCUAACCUUUACCUUAUUCUACGUUGGAUAUCUUCUCUCUGUCUGUCCUGAGUAUUAGACAGGGGACCGUUGUUGGUACUUUAUCCAAGUCACAUGACGAAAUCUAGCGCAAUACAAAUUAAGGUAAUACAUAUGUCUUUGUGUUAUGUUAUAGCUGUGAAGUGCCCACCACUCCAUACACCAGUUAACUCAUAUUCAAGGUUUGGUGUAAGGUGUAAAAGGCGUAGUUACAGCACCUCCUGCUCCUUCAGCUGCAAACGGGGAUACCAAAUGGCGGGCGGAUCGACAGAAAGAACUUGUCAGGAAAAUCAGAAGUGGUCUGGUACAGAUCUUCAGUGUCAAGGUAUUAUUUAGUGAUAGAGAUGUUGCCUCCGCGCCUUUUCGGAUCGCAUUCCUCUUUGACCAGUGUUAAACUUGGAAACGGGUGCCGGUUGGGACGAAAGUUAUGUUCUUCAUUCCAGGCCACAAGUCAUUCUUUGGUGAUUGAUAAAAUAUUGCCUAGUCCCUAGGCCUCAUUAUUAUGCGAGGCCGAUGCGUUUCGGGUCACGUGGUCCGAGAAAGUUUUUGAGGCCUAGACAAACUCGGAGAAGUGAGACAUUUUUGUCUCACUUGGGGCGGAGCUUUUGGAAGCGGGCGAGCUGUCAAUAACUUUUCCGCGCUGAUGAAAGAUGUCCAGCAGCCAUGGAGAGUACAGAGGAACGAUCAUUUUUAUUCUAUGCACGUUUUCAUUGUUGAAAGUCGUUUAAUUUAGCCUUUCUUUUUCAUUUAUCUCAUUAAACUAAUUUGAACUUUACUUCAACUCAAAAACUAUUUGUGGGCUAAGCAAAACAGCGUCGCAAAAAAAUUAUUUGAUCAACAAUCGGAAGGUAAGCUAAAGAAAUAGGUUUAUAUUUAUUCUUGGAUAUGACAAGCUAUCUUUCGUUUCUCUAUUUUUGCUUGCUGCUAUAAAUUUCUCGUUAUCAUUUCACUUCGAAAUACUUCAUGUAAUUUGGAAGCUUAUCAAACUAAUCGGACAGGCUGUUGAAUUUGGUCUCUAAAUUUGGUAGAAUGUCAACAAACUGCUGUUUCAAAUCUUUUUAUCAAUAAAGACUAUCAUUUUAAUUGUUCAUUUGAAGGUGGACUAAAAGAGAAAUUACUUGCACGUUAUACAGUAGUAUUCUUUCCGAUUCAAAGUAAUAUUUUUGUUCUUAUAUAACACGAACUAGGUUAGUUACUUUUGUAAUAGUGUCAAUAGUGCCGAUCUUCAGUGAAGGAUAUUCACGCGCAAAGUUAUUUAUGGUUUAUUUCAGUUGACCGUGUGAACUUUUCAAAAAUGCUCACGCAUGCGCACUCCGAGAUUGUCUAGGCGUCUCCCGGCCGUUCAUUUCGGAUACGUCACCGAAAUGCAUUGACCGAGAGGGCCUGAAAAGACGCCGUACAGGGACUAGGCAAAAUAAAAUAUACACUUCUAGUUCUCUACCUAUUUUUACUUAUCACCUAUUGACGAGUUCAACGGUCAAGGCUACGCAGUAACAAUGAAACUUAGGUACAUGCACACGGCCACUUUCAUAGGAUACGAAAACUUUGUUACGUUUUAAAAUAACGUUCUGAUAACUGAUCAUGAGUAGCUAGAGUGGUUUUCGUUUGAGUGUCGUAAAACCAAAACCAAAGUAAUUACUCUGGCCAAUCACAUAGGACACAGACAAUACACUGAACCAAUCAAAACUCGAAGUAAUUACAUGUGGCUGACGCAAAGCGCGGGAAAAUGCAUGCGAGCGCGUCACAAUUGGCUUUGGUUUUACUUCUGAUUGGAGGAAAAGGUGGCGCGAAUCUUUUAAGCCAAUCGCAUCGUGUAGAAAGUGCAAAACCAAUUACUUUUCGACACUCAAAUGAAAACCGCUCUAUCAGUUACCCAAACGCAUUUCGGUUAAAGCGGCAGAUAUACCUUUGCUUUUUGCUUUGCUCGCCGUACCACAUUCUGAACCCACAACAGGUUAGCCUAAAAGCUUUUGAGAGUAUUUUAGCCAUCGUUUUUACUGUUAUUUCAAAAUAUCAAAUCAUCCAUGCUUACUAAUCGAAGCUUUCUAUCUUUCCCUCUUGCGGUUGACCUAUAGCUGUGACGUGUCCUAUCAUCGCUAUAAAAUCAGAGGGACUUGUAAUCAGCCCACCUAUUUGCACCAAACCAAGCGCUACCCUUAAAUACGGAACAAAGUGCCGAUUCACCUGCAAGAAUGGUUACCAACUCCAGGGACCCGAAGUUAAGACUUGUAAUCACUGGAAUAUAUACUGGUACUGGUAUACCGCUAUAAACCAUAACCGGAACAGCAAGAGCGGGUACUGGUCUCCAUCGAGAAAUCCAUCGUGUAAAGGUGUGUUUUACACGGUUUGGCCUCCUUACUAGCUAAAACAGUUAAAGCUGUGAAAAUGCUACGUAUUAAAGAUUGUGUAACUGACGUCUUGGUCCGGCACUAUUAAACCACACAUAAAUAUUAUAAUUGUGUUUUCCGUAGAAUAGCUUAGCUGUCAAGUUAAUAAGAUCAACCGUUUCUUGAGGCAGGCAUUCACUUUGGUAGCUUAAUAAGAGUUUGUUCUUGCAUUGGUCUUUAACACUUACGCCCUUUCCAUAAGAUUGUGUUUUUUGUCGGGUGCUACCCUCUCCUAUUUAGUUGAUGUAUUGAAAAUCCGUAUGUGGAUAAGAAUUCUAUUAAAGAAAUCAUUCACUUUUCUUGUUUAUUUAAUCUUAUAUUUUAAGACGUCUCAAAGCCGACCUUCAUCAACUGUCCUUCUGAUAUCAUUGCAACCGCUGACCGGAGCAGGACCUCGACAACAGUCACGUGGACACCACCAACGGCUACCGACAAUUCUGGCGCCAUUUCGAAAAUAACUCGCCCCGGAAAACAGCCUGGCCAGAAAUUUCCAGCUGGUGAACACAGUAUCCGUUACCUGGCCUCUGAUAACACAGGAAACGUUGGCGGAUGCAAUUUUAAGAUAACAGUUUCAGGUACCGAUCAAUAUUGCCGAAAGGUAAUACCUAGAGGAAUAAAAGCAAUCUAGAGAGCAAAUUUACAACAAUUUUUUUGUUUCUUUUUUUUUUGUAAGGGCCUAUUGUCAGUUUCCAGGCCGUGGCAAGGGCUAAUUCACACGCUAAAAUCUUUUACCGCGACUUGUGACCACAAACAAAAAAAUCUGUUGCACUGCAACAGUUUAAAAGUAGGGCCGAUUCUAGGUCGAUUUUUAUCUUGGCGUUUCUCCGCCCAGACCCCGGGAAGUUCGAGUACGGAUAAAUCAACAAUUGCAAGGCUAACAGAUUGCGAAAAAAAAUCGACCCCCCCUCCCAUAGACCGGCCUUCAGGUUUCCCUCCUGGGUCGAACACUUUCUCUACAGGGUAUAUUCAUUCGACGUCGGUGUCAGGUAAAUCCAUGUGUCAGUAUAGGUAAUUACUUUCACAUGCGUAAAAAAUUUCACAGCUGAGCCUGUUCCUUUUCGUAACUCCGGCCAAACCUUUAAUGUUUGCGACCAUCAUUAUUUUUAGUCAUAUAAUGGCUUAAAUACAGGCGUUUAGUAUUUGAUCGUAAAACUCCCUGAAGAAGUCUACGUUAGUUAGACGAAACGGGUAGGAGAAUAAACAAGUUUUAAAGCUACUGCUCACUAGUUUAGUUUUAAAAAUUUUAAAAAUUAAAAAAAAGUUUAAAUUAAAAAUUUUAAAAUUUUAAAAAUUAAAAACUAAAAUUCAUCCGAACAACUCAAGCGAAGCCAUUUUGAGUACUUCUUAAUUAAGGUAAAUCUUAUCACUUAAAAUUGCAUUAAUUAGUUGACAAAGGUGCGCGGCUUCAAUUUUGUCAAUAGAUCAAGAUUUUCUUGUGAUAAUAAUACAGCUAUUUCGAGAAAAGUUGUCCGAAAAAAUGUGGACGCGACAACCCCGAAAGGUAAUAUGGGAUAUGAUCAAUACACUGUUCCUGACACUGUAGCUGUCGAACCUACUUUUAUUGCUUUCCUUUAGCACUCGCAAACAUACGUCCAUGGCCUCUCAUGCGAUUCUUUCAAAUUUCUUUGAAGAAGAGUGAACUCAAAACCACCCACAAUACCUUUCGGGAUUGUCGCGUGCACUUUUUCCGACAACCUUUCUCAGAAUGGCUGUAUACGUUUAUUCGUAAGUGUCGCAAGUCUCCUUUGAAUAAAAUCAUGCAUAGUAUAUAUGCGGUUGUUUAAUUUGCUACUUUUAUCUAAGUGUGCUUUCCAUUGGUUCUUUACUAGUGGUCCGAUGUUUGCCCAAGCUAUAUACUCCAGCCGGAGGCUCCAAGCAAUGUACCGAGGACAACAUAUAUGGCUCAAAGUGUUCCUUCACAUGCCAUCGUGGCUACAAAAUGGUGGGCCCUGCCAAAAGGGUAUGCGAAAAGAGUCAGAUGGGUCCAACGGGUUACUGGACAGGGCAAGAAACAAAAUGCGAAUGUAAGUUAUGCCUUAAGACGGUUAAGUGUAAUGCUAUCGGGAUAUGAUAGCUCUCUCCUCCGCGGAGAUUCCCCCUGGGAUUCCUGCAAUGAAAAUUUACAAAAAGAGGAAGUGCGCGGGCGACGAUGGGAAGAAAGAAAAGGCCCGCACGCCCUUUUUCCCCCUCUCCCAGUGAGCUUCCCUGGCCUGUGGCAUAAGGAGGCAUAUGUGGAUCGAGAGGUAUGGUGGCGACAUUAUCAUUAUCGGCAGUGAGAUAUCUGACUUGUACCAGUAUUUGAAAGUUUAAAACAAACGUUUUGUUGUUGUUUCUUCGAUUCCUGUUUUUGUCCAGUGAUCAGAUGCCCUCGUCUGUCACCCUCUCCUCACAGCGUCCAGACAGGCUGCCGACAUGGUGCAACCGAUAACGUAUUUGGUGACAAGUGCCUUUUUUCCUGUGAAAUUGGUCAUCACCACACAGGCGGAUCAACUCAAAGAGUCUGUCAGGCAAAUGGUACAUGGUCUGGAAAAGCAAUUCUUUGCCAAGGUAAACGAAAAUAUCAAAACGACACUAUAAUAUAGUACAUGUUUUCGGUCCCUACUUUGUAAAACCACUUUCUUACACCUCACAAGUUUAAUUGGUUUUGUAUUUGCAAUUUCUCCUCGAAGCUGUCCGUUGUGAUCCAUUGCAAGAUCCAAAAGAUGGGAGUGUGUCACCAGAGUCAUGCCAAAGUUCACCAGAAUACGGCACCACGUGCCGUUUUUCUUGUCGAAAAGGUUUUAGGUUACAAGGAAAACCAGCAAUGUUGUGUGUCAGUGACGGACAGUGGUCGGAGAAUACCACGGUAUCCUGUAAAGGUCAGUACUACGGUGGAUGGGCGGGCGCAAUAAAUUUUCAGUCCAAGGAGGUAGCAAGAGGUAAGAAGGUACCAUGCAAGGACCCUACAAGAAACUUGGAGCUAAAUUGGUCUAAUUUGAAUUUUUUCAACCAGUUCCCCUUCAAAGAAGUUUGUCAUUCUUCCAAUCAGCCUUAAGUUUGAAACAUCUCUGGUUAGUUUCCUGACACCAUUGCUCUCUCUCCUCAGAUGUGGAGAGCCCUUCAUUUGGCCUCACUUGUCCCGGUGAUAUAAAACGAUUUGCAGAAAGAGCAAAAAACUACACGUCUAUAACCUGGUCUGAGGUUGAAGCAACUGACAACUCAGGUGUGACACCGACUGUGACAGUGACUGGUGUAAGAAGAAUGUACUACGUAGGCAAGCAUCUGAUCGUGUACAAAGCUCGUGAUGAAGCGAGAAAUUUUAAACUCUGCCAAUUCCAUGUUACGAUCGAGGGUAAGAGCAAAGUAAUUAAUUUGGUUUCCAGUGCAGUAUAUACAGUUUAUUUUGAAAGUAAAAUAGAAUUAAUUCAGUUUAAUUAUAACAUAACCAAAGUAAAUCUCAUGCUGAGAAUAACUCAUUUACUAUUAGCCCAUGUGUAAAUUAUUGUUAAAUAAAGCUAGCGCGUGCUAAGAGCAGUACUCAUCAAUUUCUAAGUGAGUAUAUUUUGCCUUCAGUUUACCUCAUGCUUUGCAAAGGUUUUAAUCUUUAUACUACUACAUGAGAAAUUUCUGCAAUUUGAUUGGCUUAGAGUAAUGGUAUUUCAGCUUAAUUCGAAAUCCCUACAUGUGAAAAUUACAAACCGUUUGUGGGUAGUAGUAUAAACAAAUAAUAGCCUGAUUUGUACGUGAUAUUUGACAAAUACCACUUGUGAUAUUUCAAAAUUGUCUCACAUUUCACUCGCCAAACGGCUCGUGAAAUUACGUACAACAAUUUCGAAAUAUCACUCGUGGUUUUUUUUCCAAAUAUCACUACAAAUCAUGCUAUUACCUAUACUAAUACUCAAGGAGCGUAAACACCCGACUGUUGGGUUUGAUUUCCACUGUCGCGUAAUUUUCCGGGCGAAUGCUCGCAAAAUUUACGUGCGUAAAUGAAAUAGAGGCAAUGUAUAUAAAGGUCACACGUAAAUGUGAAAGUUGAGCGAGGUUCAACUUUUACGUUUACGCGUGACCUUUCAUACAUUGUCUCUAUUUUAAGCGAGUAAAAUUUAUGUGCGUGCGCGCGUAAAAAUUACGCGACCGUGGAUUUUCACCUUUACGCUUCUUCGUGUCAGGAACCUCUCGCGUGCAACCAUAACUCAAAAAAAAAAAAAAACGGGUUGAUCCGUCGAACAAAAGUCAAGGAGUAAGGUGAUUUUAAUGGUCUGCAGUCAGUCCAAUCAAAGAUGCCCAUAAAGUAAGUCCUACGGUACUGUUCAUAUUUACCACUUCCUUCCUUCAAUUAGUUAAGCCCUUUUUUCUUUUUCCUCCGGUCUUUUUUUUAUAGUUUUACAAUGUCCAGCUCUCCUACUUCCAUCAAAAGGAUCAUCUGUGGUUGGCAAAUGUGACACGUCAUAUGGAUCAACAUGUAGGAUAAGGUGUCCUGAAGGAUACGACUUACUUGGCCCGAGGAAAAUCACUUGUGAAGCAAAACCAGGCGACACAAAGGGCUACUGGGACAAGCCACCUCCAGUCUGCAAAGGUGAUUAAUUUACUUAACAGUACCAAUUUGUUUUCCUUUUUUCUAUCAUGUACAGCAGUGAAAGCUGCAAUUGGAAACAUAAUAAAGUGAAAUUGGUCGAUAUGAUAGAGGGUCGAGAGAGGCUAGCUGAAGCCGAGUGAGGUUCAUCAUCAUCAUCAUCAUCAUCAACGUCAUAAUCAUUAUCAUCAUCAUCAUCAUCAUUAUUAUUGUUAUGGGGGUAAUAAACGUCAAAAUGCUUGAUUAAUUCGCCUGCGUAGAUUAUGUAUGAUUCCAUCUCAUUUCUGAUGUUGAUGAUGAAUAUUAUUUACUGUUUCAGUGCGAACGUGUUCGCCACUCAAGGUUCCAAAGUUUGGUUCAAUUCACCCUUCUCUAUGCAAAUCACUUCCAACCAGCGGAACUACCUGUUAUUUUGAGUGCAACCAUGGUGGAUUUCUCGCUGAUGGUAGCGUAAAAACUGCAUUUUGUGGAACUGAUGGAAAUUGGAACAUGAAUGAAACUUCAAUUUUAAAGUGCAGAGGUAAGCCAUAUAUUUUUUGUUUUUUCUGUUUCUGUCAGUUUUCAACAAAAAGAACUUGCAUGGUAUUACGUUGGUUAUCUCUAAUAAGUAGUUUUUCUAUCUCUUGCCGGUAACUCAGUUUGCUUAAUUUAGUGUAUUAAACGACUUGCAAAAAAUAUGAUUAUCCUGGAAGCUACAACUGAUGUCUGGUGGAAAUAAUUACGCACAUAAAAAUGAAAUCCUAUUUUUUUAAGUAUUUAAAGUAUUUUCCUUUAGUAUUUCUUGGUAUUUAAAUCCUCUUCAAGGCUAAUAACUGUCUGUAGCCCAUAGACCCAAUGCAAAAAUGGCCGGUCUAGUAGUUUCAUAUUCCUUUGUUCAUAAUUCUGAUAAUUAUUCAAACCAGCCUUUCUAGCUUCGUUCUGUAAAACUACAAAAUUCAAAAGAAUACCUUAUCUCAAGUCACUGAGUCAGGGUAAUUUUAAUUUAAAUAAAAGAAUAUUAAUCCAGCAGCCAUUUUUGCAUUGAGUCCAUAAUUAUAAUGAUACUUCUUGCAGACGCAACUCCACCAACAUUAAGUUGCCCCUCUGACAUACGUGCAGAUUUAAGGGCAAACGCAUCAGCAUCUGUGCACUGGAAGAUUCCUGCUGCUUAUGAUAAUAGUAACGAGCCUGUGCAGAUCACAGUGUCACCACCUGGGAUCAAGCCACCUUUAACCUUUUACAAAACAACUGUCAUUACAUACACUGCGACGGAUGCGAAUGGAAACAGGAAAGAAUGCUCUUUUAAAGUUAUGUUAGAAGGUCAGUAAAUUCGCCCAGUUUGUCCAGUUAUACUCGCGCCCAAAAUCCAAGGUCAGGUCAGGUCAGAAAACACAAAAGAAAACUGAAUGUUCUCUAUAACUGUUGCCUGUUCUUGUCUUGUUAAGUUGACGUUUCUUCUCCGGGUCUCGGUGGAGGGGCCCUUUCCUAUAGGCUGCCACUGGCAAUAAAACGUUUUAGUUACUAACACUCACUGACAGCUUCAGUGAGCCAUUUUAAGGCUGUCUGCAAUCUUUCUAAACAAAUUCAUAUUACACUGAUUAUUUCUAUCUUAAUUUUACCUACCUUAAUUAUAUGAACCUUGUAUUCACAGAUAAUUCAGGUCCAGAGGUUGUAUAUUGUCCACCAGACCAGAAUAUUACCCCAACACAGAUGUUGACAAAUGUAACAUGGAAAACUCCACAGUUUAAGGACAACAGUAACGGAAAUUUAACGAUUCUUAACAGUCGAGAAAGCGGGAGCCCGUUUCCCUGGGGAACGACUAUAGUGUACUACAGAGCCUUUGACAACAAUCCAAACAACAGACCUGCUGUUUGUCAGUUCACAAUCAGGCUUAAACGUAAGUAG